CUGACAGGUGUAACCAUGCUGAAAAGACAAGUCUUGAGCGUGAUCGAGGCGCUAUUAACGUAUCUCAGUUUGUGUCAUGCCCAAUGGCUAAACAUCCCACAAGGACAGGUAAUCCAUAGACGACCAGUUCUUCAGAGGCAAGGACAGUCUGCCCAGAAUUCACAACUGCAAACACCUCAGCAGGAGAGUAAGCCGUCCCGUAGUGAGGAGACUCAUUCCAAAACGCUCUCGGCUCCUUCUCAGCGAUGCCAGGUGGAAGAAUAUCACCGGAUUCCAUGCGGCGAGCCAGAUGCAACUGACGCUGAGUGUGAAGCCAUCGACUGCUGUUUUGAUGGACACAAGUGCUUUUAUGGAUUGGCAGUAACCCUGCAGUGUACCGGCGAUGGUCAGUUUGUAGUUGUGGUUGCCAGGGAUGCCACUCUGCCGCCCCUCAGCCUGGAUUCCAUCAGCCUGGCUGAGGUAUCGGGUGCUUGUGGGCCUGUUGACACCACAUCAGCCUUUGCCAUCUACCAGUUUCCUGUCAGCAGCUGCGGCACUACCAUGAAGGAGGAGGAUGGCCACAUUGUGUAUGAGAACAUCAUGUCCUCUUCCUAUGAAGUGGGGGUUGGUAGUCAAGGCUCCAUCACAAGAGACAGUUCCUAUGAGUUGUUAUUCCAGUGUCGCUACUCUAGCAGUGCUGUGAAAGCUAUUGUGGUUGAAGUCAAUGCACUCCCUCCCCCUCCAUCCAUAUCCCUGGCUGGACCCAUACGAGUUGAGCUCAGGCUGGCUAAUGGCAUUUGCACAACUAAAGGAUGCACAGAUGAGGAUGUGUACAGUUCAUACUACACGGAGCAAGAGUACCCGGUGACAAAGGUUCUACAAGAGCCUGUCCAUGUCGAGGUGCGCAUCCUAGAGCGGACCGAUCCCGAUAUCGUUCUUCUUCUGGACCACUGCUGGGCCACCUCAUCCCCAGACUCCACUAGCCUUCCACAGUGGGACCUCCUGUUUGAUGGGUGUCCAUAUACAGAGGACCGCUACCUGACCACAGUGGUACCUGUUGAUGUCUCCUCUGGGCUUUUGUACCCCACCCAUCACAAGCGCUUUGUUGUCAAGAUGUUCACCUUCGUGAAGCAAGAGUCCCUGCUUCCCUUGCAGCAGAUGGUCUUCAUCCACUGUAGCACUUCUGUUUGCUCUUCCGCUAAUGGGCACUCCUGUCGGCAGUCAUGCAACCGGAAACGAAGAGCACUUCACAAUGUGAAGGAUUCUCCUGACCAAGUAGUCUCAAGUGGUGAGGUAAUCAUAAUCGAAGACUGGCCGGCGUUUGUCAACGCGAGCCAGUUGAAUGGGCCAGUUUCCAGCAGGACUGAAGGGCUACCGGAUGUGUCUAGUCUCAUGAGCUAUGCACUUCUGGGUGUGAUCGCCAUGACAAUCUGUGGACUCUGUGGCCUGGUGGCAGUGUUGCACUCGAGGAGGAGAAGGUCACGGCUGCAAACGGCAAGAGUGUGCUCGGAUAUGGAACAAUAAAAGGACUC